UGUCUGCUGGAUGAGAAGCAGGCAGGCAGGCAGCAGCUAGCAGCCAGCAAGCAAGCAAACAGGCAAGCAAUCAAGCAAGCUGAAGUAAGCUUCCAGUCGCUUUGCUCUUGUGGCUAUCUGUCAGCUAACAGCCACAAGUGACUCACGCCACGAAGAGACCAAACUGCAACGACUUUUGACGUGUUUUUCCCCCUCUUUGCCGCUGGAUUAUACUUUAUACACGAAGGGGACAAGAGGAAUGUUUACAUUAUGAUUCCACACCUGUUGGUAUUGGGGCUGGCGAAACUAGCUCACUUUAGCUAAAUCGGCUAGUGAGUCGGCAUAUAGAAAAAGAGAGAGAACUGGGCUCUCACGCCGGGCCUGCCUUGGACUGAAGUCCCGGGGUCAGCUGCUGUACAACUUUGACAAGAGCCUGCUUGUUGCGGACUCUCAGAGACACAAGGACGGCUGACCGAGUGUCAAAGAGAGGCCGGGGCGGAGGUACAUUGACCGGACAACCCACAACGUCUCAGGAGUUUUGGAGACACUUGGACUGUGCUUGUGACUUUUCCCCGGAUCGCCCUAGCGAGAGAGCUAGAGGUAAAACGGUAUGGAAAAGUGCUUCGGCGAUACGUCUCCGUGUCUUUUUCUCAUUUAGUGAAUUUACCAUUAAGACGCAACUUGCGGCGCUUCGUCUCAUGUGGGACUACACUGACUCGUCAGAGCAAGCCAUCAUGUCGAAAAUGCCAGCGAAAAAGAAGAGUUGUUUCCAGAUCACGAGUGUUACGCAGGCUCAGGUGGCCGCCAACAACACUGCAGACGACACCGAGAGCCUGGACGAUCCGGACGAAUCCCGAACAGAAGAUGUGUCUUCAGAAAUAUUUGAUGUUUCACGAGCCGACCUUACUGUAUGUGAUAGAAGCUCAUCUGAGGAAACCUUAAACAUCGUGGGAGAAACGCAAGAGGGACAGGCUGCUUUGACAGCACCUGUCAAUGGGGCUGUCCCCAAUAAUAAAAGUGCUGGUAGCGGCUGCUUGCCCCCACAUAAUACGGUAACAAGUGUGCCUGCGGCAGCCACAGCUCAACCUGGUAUGCUGGCCCCUGCUGCCACUGUCUCCUCCACGGUUGCUCCUGUUAAUACCUGCAGUUCUCGCUUCAGGGUCAUUAAACUAGACCAUGGUACCGGAGAACCCUUCAGAAGAGGGAGAUGGACAUGCACUGAGUUCCACGACAGAGACACUGAUUCAAAUGGCAGUCGGACUGUGGAUAGCAUCAAGCCAACUGUAACGCCUGAUCACAAUAUAGAACGGGACAGUGGAAUAGGGACCACCAGUACCAUAGGGGUCUCUACCAGUACUUCCUCACAGGCUUUGGAUAGCAUUCUAGACAGCGGCCACACAACGACUCAUGCCACUCAUUCUUCUGAGACUGUGCAACAAGGCUUUGGCAUGGUCCCUCAGAUUGGGAGUGGAGCAAGUGCCUUUCAGCCCACAGGGUACUCAACAAGUACACCGUCAAAGCAAAUUCAACAUGCUCAGGUCAAUAUGCAACCUGCUGCUGCCAUAACCUUCCUCUCGAAUAACCACCAAGGCUCCCUGCAGCAGAAAGCUCCCAGCAUGCCUCCUACCACACAAGUCCAGCACUUUCCUUAUUCUAACCAUCCCGCAGGCCAGCCAGAUUACGGUCAGCAGCAUUUUGGUUCAAGCACUCUUCCCAUAACCCCUCACUCUAUAGGCCCCUCAUCUCUUAUUGUGCCAGCUGGUUCAGUAGCCCAGGGACUAGGUGUUGAGGCACCCUCCGCCCAGGCCCUCCUGUUACACAUCACACCAGUAGGAGGGCAGCAGCAGCAGCAGCAGCAGCUUGUCAACCAUACACAGCUGUCAGGAGGUUUAGGCUUUGCUUCAACAUCAUCAGUCACCACCAGUGUCCUGAAUGUGCCCACUACUACCAGUACCCCUAUAGGUGGUCUGAGUCAGGUGCUUGGCACCGGAGGGAUUAUUCAACCUCAAGGAGCUCAUGGGGGUGCCACACCAAGCAUUCUCUCUGGAUUCGGUAACCAGGCAGAAGAUGGUCGGCCCAAAUCUGAAGUCCUACCUCAACCGGGUAGCAUUGUGGUGCCAGUGAAAGACGGUAUGAAGCCUUUCAUCACAGAUGGUCUUGUCCUUCCUAGUCCUGCGGUCAACAGCCUGUUUGGCAUCCAUAUAGCCAUGGAUGGUGAUGAGGACAGUGCAUCCGGUGCCAGUGUCGUUGCAAUUGACAACAAGAUCGAGCAGGCCAUGGAUCUAGUGAAGAGCCACUUGAUGUACGCUGUACGCGAGGAGGUGGAGGUGCUGAAGGAGCAGAUCAAAGAGCUGUACGAGCGGAACUCCAUGCUGGAGCGUGAAAACGCUGUGCUCAAGUCGUUGGCCAACUCUGAUCAGCUCAGCCACCUUUCCAGCCAUGGCAGCACGUCGCCACCGCAGCAGCAACAACAACAACAACAACACUCAGCCGUUACAAACAGCAGCACCGCUUUGACGCACCAUGACGGGACUCAGAGCGUCCCCCACCAGCCAAACAUCACCUCGGCGUGAUCCCACACCCCAACGUAUCUACCGAUCCACACGCUAAAAUGCAUACCGUCCCUACAGCGCUGCGCUAAAUAUGCUCCAUUUAAAGAAAAUCGUGACAUCAUCUUGAAAGAGAGCCGUCAUCACCCCUCUGAAAGUCUUAACGUGGCUACAAGUUGAAGUAGAUGGCAGGGACAAGAGAGCCGGAGCAUGCCGUAACACCGCAGCGCAGGAUGCGUGGGAAGGCCCCAAUGGCAAAUAAAGCUCCCGCCAUGUUCAGCGUGACCUCUCUCUCAGCAUGCACACACCACAUCACUCUCGGGCGUCGGAAGUGACCAAGGGAUGAGUCAUCAGCAGAGGCGUCCGGCGGAGCAAGUCGAGUGCCUCAUUCAUGAUAUGCUGCAACAAAAAAAAAGCUUAUGUUAGUUGUUUUUGUUUCCUCAGAGCCACCAUUCUUUGAGAUGUACCAUUUUCAUUAUUAGUUCACCUUUAGUAUUUGCAUUUAUUUAUUUCAGGGCUGCUAUUUUCAUAAUCGCACGAACAAUGCCAUAAAAGACGAAAAUGUCUUGUCUUUUUAGAAUCUGUCAGGUUAUUUCGGUAGUCUCUCACAAACAAGCGUCAGUAAGUAGGGCAGACGGUAAUACGGAAACACUAAAGCAGAACUUAUGUGAGUUGAAAUCCAGGUUGAAUGUAUAUUUUGUAAAGUAUUAAAGAGUGAACAAGGUAUGUACAGUACAGGAGAUAAACUGAUAUUAACACAAACUAUUCUGUAGGUGUUUUGUCUAAAUGGUUAAAAAUAGAUUAGGGGCUUUGUUGGGGGAUGAAAAGCUGUGAAAUUGUUGGACCUACUUUAUAACCAAAGACUCAAAGCUGUGUAAGUCUUUCCCCCCCGGUGUCACAUCUUUAUUUUUUUAAACGCACACUUUCUCCCUUUGUAUUUGGCUCUUUUGCAUGAACUGCAUGCCCUAUAAUCAAACCACUUACUGUCAUGUUUUUAAUCCAGCACUCAGUUUGUGUUCUUGGUCAAUGGCUGGCUGUGGCUAUAGUGUUGAUGAAAGUGAAAGGGAACAAAGUCUGCAGGGGUUAAGGCAGAAAAGAGAAAAGAAGCCAUUUUUGUUACAUUGCAGAUUUUUAUCGUAUUUAACAAACUCAGCAUUUAGAUUUUGGUUGUCGAGUUUCAACACACCCUUAAAAAUAUUCAUGUAACAACUUCCCAAAAAAUUAAACCACAACGAACUUUAAGAAUUUCAAUAUUGGGAUGUUCCUGUUCUGUCUUGUUUGUUGUGCCUCCUUUUGCAUCACCUGCUUUUGUCAGGUUAUACUGAUAGUCUAUUGUGGCUUAAAACCAAACCAAAAUAUUUGGUGAUUGUACAAUGACUUAUCUUGCUACAGGAUGGAUUCUUUUUUUUUUUUUUUUUUAAUAAUUAAGAAAUGGGUGUAUUCUGCUUUUCCCUUUUUUGUGUUUAAUUUGAAGGAGGUGCCGUGUACAUGCCAAGUGUACUGUAUGGAAGUGAUCACUGAGCCUUGGAAAAAAAAUCUUAACAAUACCCAUGUAAUGUGCUGUUCAGACGAUUUUAGUUUUCAGACAAUAAUAAAUUACUGUUUUAUUAAGA